GGUGGCGUCUCCAUCGACCUCACGGGCAUGAACAACAUCCUGAGCGUCGAGCCCGAGAACAUGAGCUGCAAGGUGCAGGCCGGCGUCACGCGCGAGCAGCUCAACGUGGACCUGCGCGCGACGGGCCUCAUGUUCACCGUGGACCCGGGUGCCAACGCCACCCUCGGUGGCAUGAUCUCGACCAACGCGUCGGGCACCACCACCGUGCGCUACGGCAACAUGAAGACGAACGUCAUGUCGCUGACGGCCGUCAUGCCCGACGGCCGCAUCAUCAAGACGGGCUCCAAGACCCGCAAGUCUUCUGCCGGCUACGACCUCACCCGUCUGCUUAUCGGCUCGGAGGGCACGCUCGGCAUUGUCACGGAGGCUGAGCUGCGUCUGUUCGGCAUCCCCGAGGCAGAGAAGACGAUGAUCUGCCAGUUCGACUCGAUUCAGAACGCCGUUGACACGUGCGCGACCGUCAUGCAGAUGGGUAUCCCCGUUGCGCGCAUGGAGCUGAUGGACGAGAACGCCGUGGAGGCGAUCAACAAGUACUCGAAGCUGGAGACCCCCGUGCGGCCGUCUUUGCUCAUUGAGCACCACGGCUCGCCCGGUGAGGUGGAGGAGCAGAGCUCCGUGGUCGUGGAGAUCGCCAACGACUUCGAGGCCAAGGACAUUGAGCUGGCCACGAGCGCGGAGGAGCGCAAGAAGCUCUGGAGCGGCCGUCACGCCGCUUGGUACGCUACGAUGAGCCAGAUGCCUGGCAGCCGCGGUCUGUCCACGGACGUCGCCGUCCCCUUCUCGAAGCUGACGGACGUCAUCGUGGAGACGCAGGCGGACCUGAAGGAGACUGGUCUGUUUGGCACGAUCGUCGGCCACGUCGGCGACGGCAACUUCCACGUCAUGCUGCCGUUCUACCAGGACAACGCGGAGCUGAUGCAGAAGGUGCGCGACUUCUCGGACCGCCUGGUGAACCGCGCCAUCGAGUACGAGGGCACGUGCACGGGCGAGCACGGCAUCGGCAACGGCAAGAUGAGCUACCUGUCGAAGGAGCACGGCGACAGCGUGGACGUCAUGCACACGAUCAAGAAGGCGCUCGACCCCAAGAACAUCAUGAACCCGGGCAAGAUUUUCUACGGCAACGAGAAGCACUAAGUAGUUGAAAUAGUAGUAGAACUUGGCUCAAUCUAACGUAGUGAUCGUCCACCAACGUUGUGGUUCAUGCUCAUGAAGCAGGGCAACAGACAAGAUCUUUUCGCACUGCUUAGUUGACAGCACCUGGCUCACCGUGCCGCGAUUGUGCAAAUCAACUCACAACGCAUCACGCGGAAAUAUCUUCAACCACGCUCAGUUGACGAAAGCCGUCGGGGACAUGUGGCAUCACUCCGCCCGCGUGCUGAGGGCGACAUCCGCCCAGUAUGCACUGCAGCGAGCAUCGCUAGCACAGCUUCCUCGUCGUCGCCUGAACACGCAGCGAACAGCUUCGCCGGAUACCAUCUCGGCGUUGCGAGAUCUGCUGGGCGAUCGCUUAUCCACCUCUCGUUCGGUGCUGGAGGUCAGUUCCCUCCGCGCCCUUGUGAAUAAUGUUAAACGACCCCUUGGCUGACGUCGUUGGUGUUGGUGACCUCUGCAGCAGCACGGAACGGAUGAGUCGUAUCACGAUGUCACGCCUCCCGACGCUGUCGCCUUCGUGCAGUCCACGGACGAGGUGUCGAAGGUGAUCAAAAUCUGCGCAGCGACUGGCACGCCUAUCAUCCCGUUUGGUGCCGGCACGUCGAUCGAAGGGCAUAUCUCGGCUGUAGCUGGCGGCGUCUCUGUUAAUUUAUCGGGAAUGAACGAGAUCCUCAAGGUGGCAUACUGCACCAGCAGCGGCAUCAGGAACUGGGGGGUUAGUUUCGCGGAGCUAACGUUUUAUGGCGUGACUUGCGUUUGUACAGCUUGACCACGAAAAUAUGAGCGUCAAGGUGGAAGCCGGUGUUACCCGCGAGCAGUUGAACGCAGACCUGCGUGCCACUGGGCUGAUGUUUCCUGUGGAUCCCGGCGCGAACGCUACGAUCGGGGGCAUGGUUGCUACGAAUGCGUCAGGAACAACAACAGUCAAGUAAGCGCUUUGCCGACGGUGGGGGCAUGCAGCAAAUGCUGACGAAUUCAUCUCAAACAGAUAUGGCAACAUGAAGGCAAACGUGUUGUCUCUGACUGCAGUCAUGGCUGAUGGACGCAUCAUCAAGACGGGAUCGAGGUUCGUACAAUACGUUUCUUGAGCGGUCAGACCUCAGUGCACCCUUACCACUUCGAUGCUGCUUGUUAUUUCGCACAGAACUCGAAAGUCGUCUGCUGGCUAUGACCUCACACGACUUUUGAUCGGAGCCGAGGGCACCCUGGCGGUUGUGACUGAGGUACCGAUUUUACUUUAGUUGAGGAGGUCGUGUUUUCAAAGGAUAACAACAGGUGUGGGCGUGCUAUCGCAGAUAGAACUUCGACUUUGCGGUAUUCCUGAGGCCGAGAAGGCUAUGAUCUGCUCAUUUGACAAGAUGAAGGACGCUAUCGAUACGUGCACGACCGUGAUGCAAAUGGGGAUUCCCGUGGCCCGAAUGGAGAUGAUGGACGAAAACGUCGUCGACGCUGUGAACAAAUACUCGAAUCUGGACAACCCGCUUCGACCGUCUCUGAUUAUCGAGCAUCACGGUUCUGCAAGCGAACUGGAGCAGCAAAGCAGUAUUGUCCAGGAAAUAGCUCGAGACUUUGGUGCCACGGGAAUCGAGGUGGCCACAACGGCUGAAGAUCGUAAGCGCUUGUGGAGUGGGCGGCACUCCGUGUGGCACGCAGUGCUGGUACGUAAGGAGUCGAAAAAAGUGAUCACUACAGUGGAAUGAAAACGUGCUGGUUUCGUGCGAUGCUAUGUAGAGUCAAGUCCCUGGUAGCCGAGGCUUCUCGGCCGAUGUGGCAGUGCCAUUUGCCAAGUUGACGGAUGCGGUGAUUGAGACUCAGCAGGACUUAAAGGACUCCGAUCUGAUCGGUAUAAUUGUGGGGUGGGUUUGCAUUUGUUUCACUGCUGCCGGGUUGGUGUUACAUGUAUAUACACUGACACUACGGAUCCUGCAGGCAUGUCGGAGAUGGGAACUUCCACGUCCUGAUCCCGUUCACUGAAGAGAACAAGGAGCACCUGGAACGCAUGAAGGCAUUUUCGCACCGCCUGGUCAAACGCGCGCUGGCUUGUGGUGGCACCUGCACUGGGGAACACGGCAUCGGCAUCGGCAAAAUGGACUACUUGCCGAUGGAGCACGGUGAGGCCGUCGACGUCAUGCUCGCCAUCAAGAAAGCGCUCGAUCCGCUCGAUAUCCUGAACCCCGGUAAAAUCUUUUACGGCAAGCCGCGCUCUAGCUAAAGACUCAAGGGCCUAACAGUUUUGGUUGCCCGAUCUGUUAAACCAACAUGUUGCAUAGUUGAAGUUGUGUCCGGAACAUACGGACCAUGCUUGUCAAAACGGAUCCACUUUGAAGGGUAAGCGCAUCCCCACGUUUCGCGUCAUUCCCGGACUCCCUCCUCGACUUGAGAGCAAUGUGGCGCCAAAUGCUCCCCGCUGCGGCCCACCGUCCUCUCCGGACCCGAUCGCUUAGCACGCGUCGCACCGCCUCGCCUGAGACCAUCUCGGCUCUGAAGGACCUGCUGGGAGACCGCCUGUCGACCGCGCGUUCCGUACUGGAGCAACACGGUACGGACGAGUCGUAUCACAAGGUCACUCCCCCGGAUGCUGUGGCUUUCGUGGAGUCCACGGAAGAGGUCUCGGAGGUUAUCAAGAUUUGCGCCGCUGCUGGGACGCCUGUCAUUCCCUUUGGCGCUGGGUCGUCGCUAGAGGGCCACAUCUCUGCUACGUAUGGAGGCGUCACCAUCGACCUGACCGGGAUGAACAAGAUUCUCAAGGUGGAGCCGGAAAACAUGAGCUGUCGAGUGCAGGCUGGUGUCACGCGGGAGCUGCUGAACACGGAUCUGCGAGCUACGGGCUUGUUCUUCCCCGUUGACCCUGGCGCCAACGCCAGCAUUGGCGGGAUGAUCAACACGAAUGCCUCGGGCACCACCACUGUUCGCUACGGCAACAUGAAGACGAACGUGAUGGCGCUCACUGCUGUCAUGGCCGAUGGGCGCAUCAUCAGGACGGGCUCCAAAACGCGGAAAUCAUCGGCAGGAUAUGACCUCACGCGGUUAAUUAUCGGCUC